AUGGCGUCUCGUACCAUCAUUCCACGCUUCCUCCUCCCCCUCCAGGGCCCCCUCUGGCGCGGUGUUCGCAUCCCGCUCUCGCAGAACGUUCACAUCCGCUUCGCCUCGUCCAGCUCCAAGGCCUCGAGCCCUAAUUCUCCCUCCUCCCCCGCGAAACCCAUCGUCCUCGAGAAGCCCGCCCGCUUCAACCCCCCUUCACACGGCUCCCGCCUCAAGCGUAACCACGUCCCUCGCCAUUAUGGCCCCGAGCUCACGCCUGGCGAGCGCCUCGCCCAGAGCCAGCGGAACUACCCCGGCAUGAUGGCCCCCGAGGGCACCUGGGCGCAUUGGUUCUGGCACAGCCGCCUGCUACACACCAUGAUCACAAUGGGCACCCUCUUUUUCAUCGGCAUCGCCACCUUCUUCAUGAACUAUGCCUACAACUCCCCCUUCAAAGACCUCGUGCCGCCCAUCUCCGACCUCUGGGACCAGCCCAUCAACUUCCUCACAGCCUGGAAGUACGUCAUCGUCGAGCACGAAAAGGACAAGGCCACCAAGGCUCAGGACCACCGCACCCGCCACAUCGACGAUGUGGCCAAGCGCCGCUACUUCAUGAAGAUGCACAACAUCGAGGCCAAGGACCCCGUCACUGUCGUCUUCGGCAAGGAUACGCCCCAGUCCGAGGAGGAGCUUGAGGCCGCCGCCAUGGGCCGCGAGUUACCCCCGAAGCCUGUUGAAGAGCACGCGCCCGAGGAACCCAAGAAGAAGUGGUUUGGUAUCUUCUGA